AUGGAUCCUAAUCUUACCAUUUUACCUCCCUGGUGGCUUUCAAUUUCCUCUUUUUCUGCAAAAUAUCAUUCUUCGACUCCAGGCGUAGGCCCUGAAAUGAGUGAAAACUCUGGCGUCCAGUUUAUGGGCGCCAGGACCAAGCGAACACAUCGUGAAAUGGCGACAGAUAACGAUGGAAGUGGCGAUGCAGAUUGGGAGCAGCAUUUUCACCCCCGCCGCUCCGACUCUCGACCUGAAUCCACCCGCUUGCCACCCAGAAGACACCGAGAUGGAUUCGACUACCGACGGCCGGUGAUGCUUUCGCCUGAAGAUAACGUCGUGAUCGACUUGACAGAUGACCCGGACUCUCCUCCUCAACGAAAUGUAACAUCAUUUCCCGGUCCUCUGCAUACCCCACAUCCGCACCGUCCGAGGUUACGAUUUCCACGAGAUUUGAUGAACCAAACGCCCCCUGUGGCUGACCACCCAACUGUGAUUGAUCUGGAAGCGGAGACAACGGGUGAUUCGGUAGACGUUUCGCCGAACAAUGGAGAUGUUCAGAUUGUUGGCUCUUCCUCCGUCAGGCCGAGACCAAUAGAACCGAGAUACCUCGACAACAAUGGUAUUCCAAUGCACUUUCGCCCUCACCUACAGCCGUCGAGAAUAUCAGAACAUGGGCGAUCCAGAAGAGGGGUGCCGGCGCCCGCAAGGUCGUACUUCCAUACCGAGGAGGACCUACUUUCGUUCAUGUCUGACACGCUUCGCUAUGGAGUACCCAGCUUUGACUAUAAUCCGCCUAGUGAGCCAACGCCCCGACCUCGUCGAUCAUCGUAUAAAGGGCUAGACCCCGCGCCGGAAGGAUUCACUCGACUUUUGGCAGAAGAUGACGUGCCUGUCUGCCCCAACUGCCAGGACGAGUUGGGAACCGGAGAAGGGCUGAAACAACAGAUACAUAUUGCAAAACCAUGUGGCCAUGUCUAUUGCGGCGAAUGCGCAGGGAAUCGGUCCAUUUCAAAGUCCAAAAAGGCAACUUCAAAGACCAAGCCUUUCUCCAAGUGCCAGGUUGCAGGUUGUAAUAAACCUGUGAGCAGCCCAACAGCCAUGUACCACCUUUAUCUGUGAUUUACCCUGGGCAUUGAUUUUGCGGGCUCUCGUUUGCAUUCUGGUGUUAUGGCCAUUUUCUUUCCUCAUUCUGUCGAUACCCAAGAUGCAUUAAACUGGCAGG